GUAGUCUGCUCUUCUACUCUGAGCUGUCCCUCUGCUGUAGGCAGUCGUUCCAUUCCUUACACCGCCGGUUUCCUUCCUCUCCCCGCUCUUCUGCCUACAGCCGCACCACCACCACCCAACAUUACGCCUCCUCGUCCCACACUCGCCUUCCUUCUACCCAGACCUGACGUCGUGAGCUACGAGCAUCAAGAAGGACAGAGAGAUGUUCUAUUGUUUUGUGGGUGGGAAGUUCUCAGGAAAAUGCCGGAGCGCCGUGAAGCGCAUAAAGUCGCGGAUCGAGGCGAUCGGGAAGAAGAAGCAGGCCGUGCUGAGGCUCCUCAAGAAUGACGUUGCGGACCUCCUCGCCGCCGGCCGUGAUUCCGACGCCUUCGGAAGGAUUGAUGCACUGAUUUCUGAGAUAAAUCAAAGUUCUUGCUAUGAAAUGAUUGAGCAAUUCUGUGACCUUAUCUUAAAUCAGCUUCCAAGCCUAAGAAAGAAAAGGGAAUGCCCUGAUGGAGUGUCAGAGGCUGUGUCAACUCUAAUUUUUGCUGCAGCUAGAUUUCCAGAUUUACCAGAAUUAUGUGAUCUUAGGCAUGUUUUUACAAAACGAUAUGGGGGUCAGACGGAAUCAUUUGUAAAUGCUGAGUUUGUGGAGAAAGUUCAGAAGAAGGAAUUUUCCAAGGAAAAGAAGCUGCAGUUGCUGCAAAACAUUGUUGAGGAGUUCUCCAUAAGAUGGGAUUCUUGGGCAUUUGAGCAGAAAUCAUCUAAUUCUCCUGCAGUUAAAUAUGAACAACCAAAGAGAGCGGUACUUCCUCGUUCUGCGAAUGAUGCAACUCCACCAAUGCUGACUAAAAUCAACAAGGAGGAGCCAUUAUCUAAGAAAAAUCAUGAGCCUACUCCUAUAACUGUUGCACGGACACAAGUGCAGGAGCCAAAAAAUAAUUAUAUGAUUUCAACUUUUAGUACUGACCAAUUGCAUGGCACAGUUGUGAAGACAAGAAAGGUAAAUGCUAAUGAAAUCGAAAAUGUGGAGCCAUACCAAAUCGAUGCAGUAGUUCCUCCAUAUGGAAAUCUAAAGAUCAAACAGAAGGGAAGCUGUGGAAAUGAUGAUCUCAGAUAUGUUCCACGACAAAGGACAACAAAAGUGCAAGAACAGCUGGAUCCAAGAGGCUCAGAGAAGCAAGUUGGUAUAAUGAAUUCUUGGAAUGACAAACCCAAUGUGGUUCCUCCAUACACCAAGUCAAAUGGGAAUAGCAAUAAAAGCCAAGUCAUAGAAAAGAGUGCAAAUGGCUUAAAGUAUGAUAGAUCACAAAGACAUGAAGAAUGGUCAGAUCCUAAUGCAAAGGAAAGGUUGCCAAUCAGGUCGGUGAACAACAAAGGUACAGCGACCAAUAUGAUUCCACCAUAUGUAAAACCAAAAGUCAAUGAUAUUUCGGUAAAUGGUGAUCGAAUGAUUCAAAGGCUUGGCUCUGCUGGUCACAACAAACCUUGUCAUACUAAUGAUAAUUACAAGGAUCAAGCUCCCAGCGAUGAGAGAAUUAUGUCUAAUUCUUUGCUGAGGAACUCCCAGAAGCCAGCAAUCAUGGAGACUAAUGAGAAAUCCAUUUAUGAUGAGAAGCUUACCAGCCAAACACCAAGAAGCCAAAGAAGGCACAGAAGCAGGAGGAGUGCUGGUGCCAAUGGUGAUUAUUUCGAUGAGGGGAAGAACAUAACUAGACACCCAAGAGCACCGAUUGACGAUGAGUUUGACAAUGCUAUAGUUUAUGGAAAACUUAUGUCACAAACAUCACCAUGGCAUGGAAAAGAUGGGGGCAAGCAUAAUGUCACCACAUACGAUGAAGAGUAUGAGAAAGAAAUGGUUAUGGAUAGGCUCUUGAUUCACUAUAGCAAAAAAGGGACAACAAAUGAGCGCAUCAAGACAAGAAGGAGAACCAGAAUUUCAUCCAUGGAUCAUGUUCUUGAUUCAGAUAGAUCUAUGGAUAACCAGUGUAGCAGCAGAUUCCAACCUGGCCCAGGAGUAUCAGCAGCACAUCCUCCCGAGAGAGCUGUCUCAUUGGCACCAGAACCAGUUAGGUCAGCUGAAGCUUUGAAGCUUCCUACUCAAGCUAUUUUGAUGCAGUCUGACUUGCUAAGUCCUAGUGGCAGACGAGUGCAUUCAAGACUACCCGAACAUGAUGAACUUCCCGAUUCGCUGCCUUGAAGAAGGAUUGAAACAUGAACCGCGGUGCCCUCUUUUUCUGCUUCCACAUAAGAGGGCGACAACCAUUGUGAAGAUCAAGUGAUCAAGAAAUAUGCGAGUCUUCCCUGUCCUUGUUUCACUCUCGUUUUCAAAUCGCUUCGCCUUUGACACUCAAAAUAGUUUUGUGGAUCAUGACACUUAGAAUAAUUCUCAUUUCUUUCUUUUUCCUUCUUUCACUGACAUCUACUAUGAUUAGCAGUAAAUAUGUUCCAAUUUCAA